AUGCACGGAGGAAAAAGAGGACUGGUGGCACCACAAAACACUUUUUUGGAAAAUAUCGUUCGUCGCUCAAGUGAGACAAGCUUCUUGUUGGGCAAUGCACAAAUUGUGGAAUGGCCUAUAGUUUACAGUAAUGACGGAUUCUGCAAGCUGUCUGGUUAUCACAGAGCUGAGGUCAUGCAGAAGAGCAGCACAUGCAGUUUCAUGUACGGCGAGCUGACAGACAAGAAGACGAUAGACAAAGUCAGGCAGACCUUUGAUAACUAUGAAUCCAUUUGCGUUGAAGUGCUGCUCUAUAAGAAGAACAGAACCCCUGUGUGGCUCUACAUGCAGGUGGCCCCCAUCAGGAACGAGAACGAUAAAGUGGUCCUGUUCCUCUGCACGUUCAAGGAUAUCACUGUCUUCAAGCAGCCCAUUGAAGAUGAAACCACCAGAGGAUGGACCAAGUUUGCUAGGCUAACCAGGGCAUUAACAAACAGCCGGAGUACACUGCAGCAGCUUGCACCUGUGAACAAGACCGAGGUCAGCCACAAGCACUCACGACUGGCAGAGGCUCUUCAGCUAGGCUCCGACAUUCUUCCUCAAUACAAGCAAGAGGCUCCUAAAACUCCACCUCACAUCAUCCUGCACUACUGCACCUUUAAGACCACAUGGGACUGGGUCAUUCUCAUCCUCACCUUCUACACAGCCAUCAUGGUUCCCUACAAUGUCUCCUUUAAGACCAAACAAAACAACCUGGUGUGGUUGGUUCUGGACAGCGUGGUGGACGUAAUAUUCCUUGUGGAUAUUGUGUUGAACUUCCAUACCACUUUUGUGGGUCCUGGAGGGGAGGUUAUAUCUGACCCAAAGCUCAUACGUAUGAACUACUUGAAGACCUGGUUUGUCAUAGACCUGCUUUCUUGCCUGCCCUAUGACAUCAUCAACGCCUUUGAAAACGUGGAUGAGGAUCCCAUCGCAGACUCUUCUGCAGUGGGCCACUUGCCAUCUGCGGCCCACUCUCCACGAAACGGCACACGUGCAGAGGACUCAGUGUUGCCUGGUCUAAGCAGCCUGUUCAGCUCCCUGAAAGUGGUACGUUUGCUUCGUCUGGGUCGAGUGGCACGCAAACUGGACCACUAUCUGGAAUACGGCGCUGCUGUGUUAGUUUUACUUGUCUGUGUGUUUGGUCUGGUGGCACAUUGGCUGGCCUGCAUCUGGUACAGCAUUGGUGAUUAUGAGGUCAUCGACGAGGCCACCAACAGCAUCAAGACGGACAGCUGGCUUUACCAAUUAGCCAUCAGCAUUGGCACUCCAUACCGGUACAAUGCCAGUGGAUCUGGACAAUGGGAGGGUGGUCCCAGUAAACACACGCUCUACAUAUCUUCUCUCUAUUUCACCAUGACAAGUCUCACCACUAUUGGGUUCGGAAACAUUGCUCCAACUACAGAUGGGGAGAAGAUCUUCUCUGUAGCCAUGAUGAUGGUGGGCUCUCUCCUGUACGCCACCAUCUUUGGAAACGUGACCACCAUCUUUCAGCAGAUGUACACUAACACCAAUCGCUACCACGAGAUGCUGAACAACGUGAGAGACUUUCUGAAGCUUUACCAGGUGCCUAAAGGACUGAGCGAGAGAGUUAUGGAUUUUAUUGUUUCCACGUGGGCCAUGACCAAAGGCAUAGACACAGAGAAGGUUUUGUCCAUCUGUCCUAAAGACAUGCGCGCGGACAUCUGCGUACACCUGAAUCGUCAGGUGUUCAAUGAGCACCCUGCUUUUCGACUGGCCAGUGAUGGCUGUCUGCGGUCUUUGGCGGUAGAGUUCCAGACUACACAUUGUGCUCCUGGAGACCUUAUCUUCCACGCAGGAGAGAGUGUGGACACUCUUUGCUUUGUGGUGUCUGGAUCACUGGAGGUCAUCCAGGAUGAUGAGGUUAUUGCCAUUUUAGGUAAGGGUGACGUGUUUGGCGACGUGUUCUGGAAGGAAAGCACUCUGGCGCAUGCGUGCGCUAAUGUGAGGGCUCUGACGUACUGCGAUCUGCAUGUGAUCAGGAGGGAUGCUUUACUCAAAGUGCUGGAGUUCUACACUGCAUUCGCCAACUCUUUCUCCCGCAACCUCUUUCUCACCUGCAACCUCCGCAAGCGAAUUAUUUUUCGCAAGAUUCUUGAUGUCAAGAAGGAGGAAGAGGAAAGGAGACACCAGAAGAAUGAAGUCACGUUGUCUAUCCCCGUGGACCAUCCUGUCCGGAAACUAUUCCAAAAGUUCAAACAGCAGAAGGAGAUGCGUACUCAAGGUUCAUCACAACCCGACCUAGAGAGGAACCAGUUUCAGGUGGAGCAUCAUCUUCAUCCGCUGUCCCAUCAGCAGCAAUAUCAGCCUCAGUUCCAGGGUCACCAUCCCCUUCAACAUCAACAUGUGUCCCCCAUUCAAAAUGGUGCCCCUGGUUCAGGCAACGGGAACAGCGGUUCAAGUGUUGUGACCGUCUCGCAGAUAACCCCGAUCCAAAGCGCACUAGCUUAUGUUCAGACAGAGGAAGCAUAUAGGAGCGAUGGCCAUGAAGCUAUGGAGCUAAAGGCCAGCUUUAGUAUAGAGGACCAAAGUUGCUUAAAGGUUACAAGUCCUGUGAGACCCAGAGGAGGAAGAGGACGAGGGUGGAUGCGUUUUCACAACGCCACGUCUUUAGCUCCUCCCGUGCUUCCACUGGAACUGGAGAAACAGCCCCAGAAAGAAGAGGAGUGUAGGGAUACGUCUCAACCCCUGAAUGUGACUUCUGAGGAUUCCAAAAACCAGGAAGCUGAGAGAGGGGGGUCAGGCGAAGGGGAUCCGGAUGGAAAUGGCAAUGGUGAUGAGACAGAUGAAAACAGUGCUCUACACAAGACUGAUUCAUGUGACAGUGGGAUCACAAAGAGUGACUUGCGUAUUGACAGGGUGGGAGAUUCACGGAGCCCCAACGAGAAGGGCCCGACAGAGCAGAGCCCGUACGAUCAGCCCAGCCCCGGGUUGGGCGACGUGACCCUUAGGAGUCUUCAUUUUCAGCCGGUUCCUGAACAGGGUCUGCUUCAAAACAGCCUGCUUGAGGCAAAGCUGGAACUAAAAGGGGACAUCCAGACUUUAAAUACCCGGCUAGCUGCACUGGAGGCUCAGGUGGGGGAGAUUUUAAGACUCCUCUCAUCGGAGAAGAGAAAACCCUCCUUACCACCUCAGACCUCUACUUCGAAAACCAAACUUCAAUGUCAGGACAUCUUUGCUGUUUCUCAGCCUGUCUCUCCAGAUACAGAAGAAGAUGACGAAACUUUUUGAAUUAAGAGAAAUAUGUAUAUUUUCCAGAUAUUGAUAUGCUGGUUUUAUUUAUUACUCACCUUACUUCUACUCAGGAAGGAAAGGUGAAUACAGAUGAAUCCGGGAAGAAUUUGUACUAUUGUAAAUAUAUACUUGCAUGUCCAGCUGGAAUCUGGCCUGCCAAUGAGAUCUUCUCCAUGGAUAGUAGUUGCUUGUACAUGUAUGGAGUGGGCUGCAUGCAGAGAUAAUUUAAGAGGCACUUUUAUUCAGAUCUUGCACAUGUGAUCUCCUAACCGAGUGAUAUUUCAGGGCAUUUUCGCUAUGAGUGAUUACUGGAUGCCCCAGACAUGUGAUCUUGGGUUGCUGUAGGUGAGAAUCAGGCUUGGUUUAAUACCACAAACAUUGUUUAAGCAGGGCACUCUUUAUAGUGACCUGAUUAUAAAGUUUACAAAUACCCCAGAAUGUUCUUCCCCUUUUCAAUGUGCAGUUUUCCAUAUUAAGCAAAAUGAUUGGAAAUGCAAGAUUGUUUGUUGAAAUGGUUUCUUUGGUGUGGUUAAUGGAUUAGUCCAUCCAAAACGAAAACUCUCUUGUGAUUUACUCAUCCUCAUGCCGUUUCAGAUGUAUAUGACCUUUCUUCUCUGAACACAAAUACUUUUACAUAGCAAUGCUAUCAUGUUAUGUUAUUAUAUCUACAGUAUCUAGUAAGAGAUUUGAAGUUAUCGACAUGCUGCCAUAUACAGGAAAUUUAGCCCUACACAGUAAAAAAAUAUAUUUUGGCAGCUGGGACACCAAAAUAAGUAAAACAACAUUUUUGGAAAAGUAAAAUGAUUUUUACACCCAACCUGUAAAUUUGCAGUCUUAUUUGUAACUUGACAUUUAAAAAAACUGUAAAAUGAUAUAGGGAAAAAUGCAGCAUUUUUGGUACCAGAAUUGGCGGUAUGGUUAUGUUCUGGUCAAAACUCCCUGCUCAUCCAUGUAGUCAGCAUGAAUCAGAGCAGGGGGCAUAUUGAUAACCUCCUUAGGGUAAACGGGACAGAACAACAGAUGUCAUUAGUUCUUAAUGACAUUUAAGUGUAGCAAAUUAUGUAAAGUAAUUGAGAUUUAAGUCUAUUGAGACUUAAAUGUAAGUGGAGCUGGGGAUGGAGGAGGGUAAUUUGCUCUUGAGCAACAUAAAAAGCUGCUGUUAGCUUAAUGAAUUUUUAAACGGAAGCUGUGAUAGCGUCAUAUUUCUGUGGGUAGAGCAAGCUUGACUCACGUGACCUGCCAGAACUUACACUUUAAUAUACACAAGACAAAAAGGAAAAAGAAAUAAUAAAAUGAAAGUAAUAAAUAGUGAAAAUAUACAGAGCAAAUGGUAUUGUUUCAAUUUAAUUCAAUAAGGUGUUCACGGUGGCAUUUUAUUUAAAAUGAUGUGUUUGUGUUCGGAAAGUCACAUACAGUACAUCUGGCAUAAAGGAAAUAGUAAAUUAUGAUAGACUUUCCAUGUUUGAAACAAUAACUUAAGGUUAUAAUCCAGUAAGCGUGCUACUUUUGGAUAUGAGCACUUCAUUUCAUAACUACACCUUUUAAACGCCAUAUUAAUUUUGUUCCUUUUGUGGAAAUGAUAAAUAAUAGAUUUUCAGGGGUCUUCUUUACAUGUUUUAGAAAGAUGUACUUGCAUGGAUGGAUAUGUGGUACAGUAAGCUCUGGCAUGAUAGAACUUGUUUUCCCGUAUUAAUUAUGCAAACACACAAAGUCUCUUGGGUGGGGGGUGGGGCUUGCAUUUUGGUGGGAAAGCUCACUCCCGUGGCAUUAUUAGAAGCAUGAACAUCUUCAGGCCAUUUGAAAUCUGUACAAGCAUGCACUGAAUUUUUUGCAUGACAUCAGCAUUGCGUGUUACAUUAGUAGACAUGAAAAGUAAUGGAUUUCGAGUAUUGUUUCCAAAUUUGGAAAUAGAUAUGUAAUGUGCAUAAUUCAUCUAAAGGCAGAUACAUAUGUCAUAACCUUCCUACUUUAAUCCAGCAUUUUUGCAUUAUGCUCCACAAGUAAACAGCUAGCAGCUGUUACAUUCAUAAGUGUUAAUUUUUGUUCAUGUAGACUCACUGUUUAUGUGUAUUAUGUUAUUACUGAAUAUCCACAGAUGGUGAGUCAUCACAUAUCAACAUACUCAUGGGUGCUUUAAAGAGCUUCUGGCAUUUAUGACUAAUGCCCCUCACCUCUCAUUUCCCAUUACGUCUAUUGCACUGUUAUUACUACAUGCUUGUGAUGUUCUUAACAAACAAGGGAAAAGACAAUAUUAAGAAAAUUACAACAACAACAACGGGAGGAAUGUGGUUGUAUUCCUUCUUACGGCUUAUAGAUCCUUAACCUAUACAGUCAAGCUAUACAUUAAGCGACCCACAAACAAGCAACACAAUAACACUGCUGUUUUAAAAGCAAUACAUCAUGUAUACUUUAUACAUCCAUUUAAUUGCAAAUCUGCACAACCGCAAAGGUUUAGAUAAUAUUAAUUCACAACUAAUCGGUUGGUUUAUUUAUUUUUGCAAGAGGUAAGGAUGUUCAUAAGGACCAAAGACAUUAUGUUUGUACUGUACUACUGUAAUUGCAUUUGUAUAUUCAUUUUGCUGCUUAAAAGUAUGGUGAGAAUAGAAGUAUUGGGUAAUACUGAAAUGCAAAAAGCAAAUCAAUGUUGUGCUCUUUAAACAACACAAACAUUGAAAAAAUGACAGCAUUCACCAAAAUAUUGUGUACUGAGUUUAUUUACAAACCUCAUGGUUUGGCAGAGAAUUAUAUUGAAAUCCGACAGUAGAAUUCACUUUGCAUCUCUUACAACUGUCACAACAAAGAAAUAUGAUUAACAAUAGCCUCUUAUACUGGUGCAGAGUUUGAGAAUCGUAUAAAAUGAAGAUUUUUUUAUUAUGCUAUAUUAUUUUUUCAUGCUUCUGUAUACCCUCGUUCUGUUUGAGUUACUGUAAUCUCUUGUCAUUCAGCCCUGCAAAGAGCACAGACAGUGAAAAACUUCUGUUAACUUGAAGAAUUCAAUAUAAUAGAUGCUCAAGCUAAAGUAUUGUUGCAGGUGAAGUUAGAAAAUUGUGCAAGUGACUCAUUGCUGAAUCCCCAGGAUUCAUGUCCUGAAGAGAAGCUAUGGUUGAGAUGUUUAACCCAAUACUAACGUUCACUGAAGCCUAGUGAGCCAUCGGACUGCAUGCUACAUCCAUCACGUUUUAAUGCCAAUGAGAGUUAUGUUUGCCUGCCAAAGCAGUGUUUUUGCUGCAUCUUUUCAUGCAGACAUGCAAAAUGGGCAAAAGCCUGGGCGCUACAUCCAAGAAAUCACAUAACCAAAAUGAACAGUCAUGUUGUGAAUGAAGACAUGUCAUGCGAAUACAAAUGGCCAAUAAUCACCAUUUCAAAAUGUGUGGAGAGUUUCAAAUACUAGUACAUCUGGAAGUUUCCUUCAGAUUGUUCAGAAGCACUAGGUAACAAAUAUGUGGCAGGUUAACUAAUUAUUAUAUUAGACUGAAUUGCAAACAGGGUUGGUUUUCAAUCCUUUCACUUCUGCACGUUUAAAAGUCAGUUUAGCAGAAUGACAUGUAGCCACACGUUGCAAUACUCUCAUAUCUGAAGUGCUGCCCAGGCUCCUCUUACCCUUUUGGAAGCAGUGACCACUGACUUUACUAAGCUCUGUUUUUCAACGUAAAUGAGACUGCCUUUUUAUCAGUGUAAAAUAUUGUUAUGACAAUAUUUCUGAGGGAGAUGGGGCAAAGUGUUUAUUUUUACCACACUGGCAUGAAUAUGAAUAAUUUGUUAUAUACAGUGUAUUACACUGAUGUAAUAAAAUAAAAACUUGAAUUGUGCUAAUUUA